GGCACUAUCCAUUUUACAACAUGUGCGUACAAAGAAGUGACAUCAUACAGAAACGGGCUCAGCUGAGGGCAGAAAUGGAGGCCAGAGAGAAACUGCGAUUGGACUUGACCAACACAGACAAUGCCAGUUCUGCUGGUGUCAAGUCAGGAUGUACUCAGACCGUACGCUCACUGCGUAUGAUGACUUCCAAAGAGACGGUUAUGUCCCCGAAUACUGUAACUUUGUGGCUGGGAACCAAAAAUGUGUCGUCACAGUUUCCUCCAAGGACUCAAGACUGUGGGUUGCAGACUUCAAUAGAAGACUCCCAUCAGCUGAAUCUGAACCAUCAGUCUCAACAGACUUCUCCUUACACACCAGAGAAAGAUCUCUUCUCCCUGCUACAAGAGGUUUGUGAGCGCUACAGCAAGGAGGCUGAACACAAGGAGAGUAAUGAUGCUGGCCAUCAAGUGGGCAGUGAUAUGGACAAUGGUUUCAUUGCACCAAAUUAUGAAUAUGAGUUUACCAGUUUUGUGGCCAUGCCUCAGUCUUCCCAUGCUGCAGGCCACCCAGAAGAGGGUGGCCAUAGAAGUGACCAGAGGGAUGGAUUGGCUAGAGAUUCAGUCAGGCAGCCUCAGAAGGCAUCACCGACUCUCACUAUGCAUCGGGCGGCUUCAGCUAAUGAUUGCCAGGUGCAUCGUGUACGGGAGUCACAUCUUUACCGCACUGCCAGUUUGUCACCAUCCCGCAUGGGUUUGAAUACGUACUACACACUGCGUUCACUGCCUGACCUGAGCUUUCUCAAAGAGAGAAGGAAAUCUGGCCAUAGUAGUGAAUUUGCUGACAGAGAGAAUGGUGAGGAGGAGUUAACCCAUUCCCCAGUGUCCUCCCUCUUUGAUCCUGUGAAAAUUCCCAUAAUUCUCAGCCCGAUCCUGGACGUUGAACACAGCCGUUCCCACUCCUGCUCCCCAUGUCGGUCACAUCCAUGCUCCCCAACACACCGUCAGACUGUCUCUUGCUGUGGUUGUUCCUGCUCUCAAAGAAGCCACAGCUCUCCUUCCAAAAGCUCUCCUGAAUUCUCUAGGAAGUCUCAGUCUCACGCUGGGGCAGGUUUAUCAUGCAGAGAUCACCACAGUCAGUCUUCACCCCUCCAUGGCACGCAGAUCCAGCCUCAGGACAUUGGUACACCGCUUCACUGCGCUGACCACACUGUUGAGCCAGUGAGAAAGCGGGCAGGAGUGGGACAGAUGGUCAGCAACAAAGCAAAAGCUGGCAGCCCAUACUCAGAAAAGAUAAGAUCGAACAGUUCUGAUGCCAUUAGAGAUCCAAAAAUGAACUCUAGAAAGGCACUGGUAACAGAAAAGCAGAUGACACAUAAAGCAACAGGAGCGCAGAAAGCCAGACCAGUUUCCCAUUCUCCCAGCUGUUCACGACUGCAGAAAACUCUAGGUACAGCCAGAUCAUCCAGUACAGGGAAACUAGAUACACAAGACUUUGGAGGUGGCAGGAGAAAUGUACAGCUUCAAACCUACAGAGGCUGUGGUGUCAAUGGUGAUCAAUAUUGUUUCCAAAAUGAAGAUGGUCCAGUGUUUAGCCCUGUUAAGAAUGGCAGUGAUGGUUUUCUAUCGAAAACAGAUAGUGCUUAUACUUCUGCAACUGCUGCCAACAGCUAUGGGAGUUCUAACAGUGUUGCCGGCAGUGGCAACAACAGUUCUUUUAAGUCAGUGUCAUCAACUACAUCUUCAUCUUCGUCAUCGUCCAGAAAAGUGACCUGUGGUCAGUAUGUGGUAAGUGGCUUCUCAUCAUCUUCGGUGUCAUCCAGCAGAAGUGAUCAGAAGAGUUCCACGUCAACUUUGGAUUCCAAAAGCCAGGAUAGUGACCAGAGAGUUAGAGAUGUAUGUGAUGUUAAAAUAGGAAGCAACAAAACUCCGUUUGGCAGUUCAGCAAAGCUUCUUCAUCACAACAGUGUUGACAGUGAGAGAGGCUCAGUUCAGGCUACUAACAGGAGUAUCAAAAGUUUCAGCUCAGAGAACGUGAGACAGAAAGUUGCCGUGAAGAAAGGAAAGAUUCCUAUUCCAGUCAGUAAAACAGCUCCCUCGAUGUUGCCUCAAGCAUCUGCCAGAUUGGGCAGGGAGUCAGAUGUGAAGUACGGUGGCAAGCUUCCAACAGUGAAUAAAACAAGAAGUUCUGCUGUAGAUGAUUCCGAUCGUAGGCUGGCCGCAACGGCAGGAAAGGCCCCAUGCAAAACCUCCCAGAGCUCAAAUGAUUUGGAGCACACAGAUAACAACUAUUGUGAUGACCAGAUUUGUGAGGAUUUUCAUGUUGAUGAAGAAAUAAUUGAAUGUAAAAUCGCUCAUACUUGUGGGAGUGAUGCUGGAGACGGCAUCAACUUGGAAAAUUGUGGCUGCCACGAGUGUGCUGACUGCGGGGAGGUGCUAGUUCCAGCUUGUUCUGGCUGUGAUUGUGUGGAUGAGAAAGAGGCUGAACUCCAGGCGAUUAUUGGAGGAGAUGCCCCACCUUGUUGUCACUGCGGGGGAAUAGAAGAACACAGUCACUCCUGCAGGCAGAUGCAGAUGCACAUUGAUGCUCUCAUAGAUGGACGAGGUUGUGCUGACAUGUCUGAAGACUUGGAAAGAAUUCUUUUUCAGCCGCCUCAUUUGGAAAGUAACCUAGAAAGACUAAAAGAGGACAAUACUGGUGCAGUUACAGAUCAAAAGAGUGUAGGGAAAAACUGUGAGAAGGUACAUCAAGAGUUGACCACGUUAGAAGUGGAAAUCAACAACCCUCCUGAUGUGAUUGGGGAGCUGAGGAUGUACAGGUCCCUCACGGACAUGAAGACUUCAGCUAGUGGAAAUGCAUUGCUGGCCAAGAAAGGAGGCAAUACAGAGUCUGGGAGUGGCACUGAUAACCCUGCUGCCGGGGCUAAAACUGGUAAGCCACAGGGAGUAGCUCCAGCUUCACAAACAACUGGUGUGAGUCGCAGGGUGAUGAACGAGGCUUACCCUGCCCCUUCCCGUCGCAGUGACAGCAGGGCAGACCAGAAGCCAGAGAGCAAAAUGUCGCAGGUUCAUCUGAGACGAAGAUGGAGCACGGGCUCCUCUCUAAGUGCUCUGAACUUUGAUGCUCUCUACUCUGUUAAAGAAGAGAGUGGACAUAGCUCCAGCUCACCUCAUUCAUCCUAUGAUGAUUUCACCCCACAACACAACAGCAGCUUCUGCAGAGAUGUGUGGCACGCUCCUUGGGACCAUCACAAGACUCAAGCACCUGUGAAGCCUCCACGAAGAGCUGGUCUCACAAAUCGUUACUCCAUCGCAUGUGACGGCACUAUGCCAGUGUUGGUGGCUGAAGAUGGGUUCCCACCUGCUGACAGAACCAUGGAAAAGACCGAAGUAGUCCGGAGAAGAAAGCUGAAGCACAAAGGAAGACAUUCAACACCAUCACCAUCUUCAUCAUCUUCAACGGCACAUGGAUCAGCAACAUCAUCCGUGUCCUCUACAACCUCAGAUGAAUCUGCCCGAUCAAAACGCGUCAGCUUUGCCUCUGAGGUGUCCUUCCACUCGCCUCACCCAUCUCCAUAUUGUUCACCUAAAAAGCCAGACGAGGCUGCUAGCCAGAAGAUGGAAGUAGAGGCCAUAGAGCUGGGUGGUGAUAUUCUGACUCUGCAUCUAGUUGAGGAAGGAAAAGGGGCAUCAUCAUCUCUGACCUCCGCCACUUUGUCCACACCUGAUUCUGACAUGACAAAGAGCCCGGUGGAGUUUGUCUCCACGGCUUCAGAGAGUAGUAUGGAGCCCACGACAUCACUCAUGGAGAACAGUAAUCUAUUGCUACUCAAGGGCAUCGCUCAAGCAGCAGACUCGUUGCUGCAACAUUUUGCUCAAGCGAAAGAUCCGUUUGAAAAGCUGCGUUUAGGAAGCUCUGUGGACUCGCCAGAGGUUGCUGCCCUUGUCUUCUGUGAGUUGUGCCCUGCAGUGGAGAGGGUUGUUGCUCACGGCAUGCGAGAUUUUGAGGCUGGAGUUCACAUCUUUGGCAAAGUCAAGCUGACACCUUGGAGGGUAGCUGAGAUGACUGCAGAAUUAGGUCCCUACACAAGACCUCUACAUGACCUGGCCAAGAGCCUGAGACUAAAGCCCAACCUGGCAUCUAACAGACACAGGUUCUAUGCGUUUGUGGCAGGCUUGCUCAACUUGAGGCUGCUAGAUUUUUGGUUGGGCUAUGUACGCUGUAAGGAAAACCUGGUGCCCAAAGUCUAUCAUGAGGAUGCUUGUCUGAGAGCUAGUCUCAAGGGCGUCUUGGAGCAAUCUUACAACAGCCUUUUGGUAGCCCUCCAGCCACUGGCUGUUUUGCCGUUCCAGUUGGACUUUGGACCAAUCACUACUUUGGUUAUGACGGAUAGCUUGAUAAUGACAGCCUCCACAUCUUCCGUUGCUGAUAUUCUAACCAUUUUUUCCGAAUCCACCCUGUCUGUCUCUAUCUUUUUAGGCUUGCUUAUGGAACCGUUUUUACUGUAUCAACAGGGAACAGCUGCAGGGGAGUCCAGACUGUUGGAGGCACCCCAAGGAACAGUCGGUUUGUUCAUGGAGCCAGCUAACACAGGUGACCUAUCUCAGCAGCAGACAGUGGUAAUUGCCACAGUUACAGCUGGAAGUCAGAUGAAAAGGACAACAUCCUCAGCACAAUCAGGAGGCGGCUCUGCUUGGCGGUGGUUCAAAAAUCCAACCAUUUCAAAUGCCCUGGCAUCUGUGGCGGCUAAAAUGGGAUCAGGGUCACCGGCUUCCAUACAGAAGACAAAUUUAGAUGAAGAAAAGAUCAAAGAAGUUGUCAGUGCAAGCUUGAAAGAUGAGGAGACAAAGAUUGCUAGAUUGGGCCAGGAGAGUGAAGGAGUGGCUGGGCAGGUUAAAGCUGCCUCAGCAAGCAUAGCCAUCCCUGAUGACUCGUCCUUGCCUGCAGUGGUCAGAGACCAUAGCAGUCCAGUUGAGAGAUGUAAUGAGUCUUCAGAUCUGUUUAUUGAGGAAGAAGAUGGCAGUGUCCAGAAAAGCUUCAGCAGAUGUCAUGUGAAGCAGGCAGGAGAUGAAUCUGGUGGAGCAGAUUUGAAGAAGGCUGGUCUGCUUCGAGCUGAUGCUGCAGGGACUGAAAGAGGGUUGAGUGAACUAAGUGACAAUGGUUGCACUUACUCUGAGGUUGCAGUUCUGAAUGAGAACUACACAAACUCCAUUAAGUCCGAUGAUGUUGACUGGGAAGAGGUGCAGAAGUAUCAAGAGCGUAUGAGAAAGAUUGAUGAGCCAAUCAAAAUAGCUGAGAAUUCAAGAGUUUUUUCACUUCCAAAUGUGGAGGUUAUUCGAUUUAUGGAGCUGGCUAGUGAGUGUAGAACUAAUGAUAGGUACGAGAUGGAGAAUAGUCAAGACUCAUACUUCCGAGCUGCUCUGAAGGAAGACUUCACCAAUGGAAAUUGGGGGGAAAACAGUGAAAGCAAGACUCCAGUACAUGAUACAAAGAUGUCACUAUUGGAUAAUGUGGAUGGUGUUGUCAGAGCUAAAGAAGAUGAGCCAGUCAUUGUGGGGUGUGGCUCUAAACAAUCAGUUCCAGACACUGAAAGCCAACCAGAGAUUUCUAAUGUCACUGCCAAGAAGGAAGAUUCUACUGAUGAUAAAAGUAAUGUUAAUAAUCAGGCCAAUGAAAUAGGUGCUGUAAACACCACACCACAGGCUACAUCCCAAGCCCAGAAAAAAUCUCCGAGAUCUGGGUUUAACCUGCUCUCCUUUUUUGACAGAAUUCUUUUACCAUACGAUAAAAAUAAAAGCUCGGCUGAGAAGUUGACAUCGGAAACUGGAGGAACCAAUAAGAAUGGAGAUGCCAGCCCUGUUUUACCAAGUGAGCCUUUGGUGAGUCCUCUAAAGCUUCAGGAUGUUUCAAAGGUUGAGAGUCCGAGAGGCAAAGUUAACACAGGCACUGCCACCCCACGUGCUUCUCCCACAGUUGUCAAAGGCAUUGACAAGAAAUCUAAAACUGCCGGGGAUGUAACACCCAGUCGAAUCAAAUCCAUUUUCUUUAAAUCAAAGGCUCAGAAUCCAGACAUGGAGAAGAUUAUUCAAGAAGAGAAGGAGAUAAACUGCAAAAUAAUUACCACUGCCGGAGCUGUGAGAAAUAAAAGUGCAGAGAAUUUCCCCAAAUCUCGACCGAUGUCUGCUUUCAUUGAUAGAGAGGUAGAUGUCUCGGAGGAAGUGGAUCACAAAGUUGCAGGCAGGCCAAAGUCUCUCUAUGAUAUUCCUUAUGGCGACCUCAUGCUGGAGAGCGAAGUCAGCAUUGUAACUUGUAAAUUUGAUCCAAAGAACAGUGACCAUGCCGCAGAUACCAGUUCCCACCUAGAAGGCAACACCAAACCUACGUCAGCCAGUACCCUGAGAUCUGAACAACCUUCUGCUGCAGAGUUGUCCAGCUCAGAGUCAGGUGGUACUAAACCACUCACUCUUGCCACAGCAGGUGAGCAGGCGGCGAGACCGACCACACUUCCCAGCGUUGCUGCCGUUAAAGUCGCCAGAUCACCCAAGGUGGAUGAACUGUGCUCCGAAGCUUCCCUGUCAGAGUCGGACAGCAGCAAUGGGGAGCAAAAGAAGUCAGGGCCGCUGAAUUUAACCCAGAGCUGCCAGUGGAAUGGACAGACUGAUGACAGCUUUGCAGUACCCACUUACAGGUAUGUGCAGGCUGUGAAAGCAUCUGUCACUGUAGAAGAACCUGAUAAAUUGUCCUUUCAGGCUGGGGACUACCUGCAGGUCCUUGCCCAGCUGGACUCCCAGUAUUUGUACUGCAGCAGCGGCAGAAAGGAGGGUCUGGUGGAGCUGUCCGACGUGAGACCCAUGUCGGAGGAUGAGGUCUUUGACUCUCCCAGUGAUUGCUUUGAUCAUUAA